AUGUCGAUGUAUGGAAGGGAAUUCAUAGCGUACGGAAUCGCUAACGUGUUUAGUGCGUUUUUCUCAUGCUUUCCUGGUUCUGCCUCCGUUGCUGGUACGUCCUUUCAGGAUGGGGCAGGCGGCAAGUCACAGAUCGCCAGUCUGUUCUCUGCUGGUUUGGUGCUGAUCAUCAUCUUGUGGCUGGGUUCGCUCUUCACUAACCUUCCUAAUUGCGCCUUGGCUUCGAUCAUUGUUGUUGCCAUCCGAGGUCUAUUCUUGCAGCUGUUGGACAUACCGAAAGUCUGGAGGACAUCCAGAUAUGAUUGCUUCAUCUUUGUGGUGACCUUCGUGGUGACGGCUCUUGUGCACAUCGACAUGGGGCUCCUGGUUGGCAUUAUGUUUGCCUUCUUCACAGUGGUCCUGAGGACACAAGUCGGUAAACCCACGCACCUGGCCAAGGUAUCCGACGAGAAGGUGUACAGGGACCCCAAGUACUACAUUCAGACAACGGUGCACAACACGAUCAAGGUGAUCGGCUACCACUUCCCUAUCUACUACGCAAACGGGGCACUUUUCACGAGCGAAGUGUAUCGUCUAGCAACCAUCAAGCCCGAGGCCUUGAAGAAGCACAUCCGGCGAUCUAACAUGGCCAGCAGCAAUAGUUUAGCCAGCAUGAACAGCAUGAAUAGCCAGAAAACUGUCGCAUCGAAUGGAAGCACCGAUAGACCAGACAGCGUCAUUGAAGUAGAUCACGCUUUCCCCGUCGUUGACCCCCAGAAUAUUUACCCGCUGGAGUUCAAGUACCCUCUGUCGCACAUCAUCCUGGACCUGUCUGGGGUCUCCUUUGUCGACACCGUUGGUUGCAAAUUGAUCAAAAACCUGAUUAUGGACUAUGCUGCUGUGGACGUUAAGGUGUGAAUGGCGAACGUGUCUGACGACAUCUGGAACAUUUUCAAGGUAAUGGAGAUAGUGCCCGCCUAUAAAGACAGCAUUUUCCUCACGAUAGACGACGCGUUCAAGGCAGCGUCUGAACAGGUGGAGGACAAUCACAACGUCAUCAAGCAGGGCGAGCUGAAAACUAUCAGUGACAGAAUUUCUGAUGUGCGGUUUUGACAUGCCGAAUCCUUUGCAACAGUGAAAAUUUCAUCCACCCAUCUGUGAACAAUUUACAUAAUUCGAUAUAUAUUCUACAUUUCUAUUAAUACAUUUGUAAAUAGUUCGCAUUGUAUGUACCGUAGUGAUUUUACGAGUAUUUGCUAUUGAGAACACAACGAGCCAUCCAAACAAUGAUUUUGGAUCGCCGCAUUACUUUAAUGUGCAGUUUUAACAAUGUGAUAGCGAUCAGGGAUGAUUUUGGAUCGCCGCACUACUUUUAUGUGCAGUUAAAAAAUGUGAAAGCGAUCAGGGAUGAUUUUGGAUCGCCGCACUACUUUUAUGUGGAAUUAUAGAAAUGUGAAAGCGAUCAGAGAUGAUUUUGGAUCGCGGUACUACUUUUAUGUGCAGUUAUUAAAAUGUGAAAGCGAUCAGGGAUGCAACAGUGUGUGAUUGUUUUUAUAUUUGUAUAUUUUUUAAUAAAUGGAAAGUAUUAAAGUUAAAAAGUUUUGAACGAA